GCAGAGGGAAAUUACCUACCAACCAAGAGAAUGACCAUAGUCAAUCACGAAAAAAAUGAAGUUGGAACACGUUCCGCUUUCCACGCGGCGAUCGAACCAUCGGCAGGCACUCUUUGUUGCCGUGCUGGUCGGAGUUUGCAGCGUUCCUCUGUUUAGUAUGACUCAAGCAGUGGGCAAGCGCAAGGAGAAGCAGCUUCUCCGGCGAGAGGAAGCAACAGCGCUAGAUGAAUCUUCGGGAGAUCGAUAUCAUGCGACCACGAGCGGGCAGAAGCUGUUAGUAGGAGAUGCUGGUCAGUCGGCGAAUGAUGAAACAGAAGAUCGUUUCGGUCGCUUACCGCGCGAGAUCGAUACGCCGGCGCCUGCUGACAUGAAUAAAGGAAAUACCGUCUUAGUUGAUCCGGAUGCGUGGAACGAGUUUUUAACCGAGGAAGAUGAAGAUUCGCGAGGAGGCUCCAAGAGACAGUCUAAAAUGCGGGCACGUGCCACACCCGGAGCGUUCUCGGCACUACAGAUUCACGCUGCAGCACCAUUCAUGGCGUUGCGCAUGGGGAAAGACCUACUCAAAUAUGCAGCAUUAUUCGCUUUCCUCGGAUUCAUUUGGAUUUGGCUGAAGAAAACUUGUACAUCUGAAAAUUUCAAUCUGAGACGACUACCCGGUUUCUCACGACUUUUCCGCUUCCUGAACAUAGACGAGUUCCAAGAGCAAAAGAUACUGGUGCAGAUUAUACAAGCGAAGGAUUUGAAAGGUGCCGAGUCUCAUUGUUUGUCGUUAAGUUCUUGAUUUCGGUUUUCCUCUUAAUUAUUUUUGGCUCAACAUUGCGCUUGCGGGGGAUCUGAUUUAGUUUAUCAGACUGAGAGUGAGAUCUUGUGCUUGAAAAUUUGACUUUUUCUGAGCUCCCCUAAACCAACUAAGUAGUACUACACUAUAAGAAUCGCAGGUAAAGGCGAAAAAACUUUGCUGCUCAAAGAUGCGAUGUUCAAGGGUAGUGUCGCGUUUUGGUACGAAGCGUUUGAAACGGACGCCAAGGCCGACUGUGACUUCGGGCAGACUCGCUUCAUGACGGUCCCGCAGGGUGCUUCGUCCACCACGUUCUCUGUCGUUUCCGUAGGCACCGUAAGCAAUUCCGUUGUCGGGACUGCGGUGGUGCAAACGAAGCGGGACAUUCUUGACCGCGAAAAGAGUUUUUGGGGCGCGAAGCAGACCUACCGACUGAAGGACGACCAGGGACAGAUAUCGGGUUCUCUUGUCGUUAAAUUUCGACGUUUGUCCGCAGAUCAAGAGGAGAACUACUACACACCACUUUUGCAGGGCGUGGACAACGAGUCGGGACUAGGUGCAGAAUUGCUGAAAAUCGCGUUGAAGUUGCAACUGCCAGAAUCACUGCGCAACAUCAGCGGCGAACUCAAGUGCCAGAUGCUGGCGGAGGUGCUGCACGGUCGGGUUGCAGAGGUAGAAGACGGCGUCGUGCAAGAAACGCUGUACUUGAAAGUUCAUCACUGCACGCUCGGUCGAGUCGAUUUCGGCGCGCGGCAGCUCGAAGCGAAGAAGGCAAAGGGAAAGGGCAAACAGGGUUUGCCGAAAAAAUUCUUUUUCUGCCUCUACGAGUCGAAAAAACUAGCUGAGUCAAUGGCAAAGGAACCGAUUGUUUUUUGCUCUAUGGCCGCCAUCAAAAGCAUCAAAAUUUCCCAGAAGCGCCAGGACGAAUUCACAGUGAAGUGGGAUCUCUCCCUAGCGCGUGGCGGCACGGCAAAAACUGACGAGAAGAAAAAGAAGAAGAGCGACACAGAAGACAUCGCCUUGCGGGCAAAGGACAAAGACAGAGACCUCUGGAUUGAAGCACUCGACUUGUUGCGCGAGGCAGUCUAUACGUUGGACGUACUUUUUUUCCAUUAUACAUUCAUAAAUAUAGAUACUUCUCUUGUCUGCUAGGUAUAUGCAAACAAAUGACAAUUAUUUUCUCACGUUGCGCCUCGUGUCUUCUCUUCUGAUGGCGCAGAGCGUCGCAUAAUCUAGGUGCUGGCAUGCUAGCGAGUGUUAGACUUCAAUUUCUUGGAAUGGAAUCGUUCACGGCUUUAGUAAGUUAGUGACUCAGUGCUCAUCUUCUUCUAGUACUACUAGACUUGAGCGCCCGGCAGCACUCCUCCCACUAGGAUCAUGCCAUCCACCCCCGCGACGCACUUUCUCAAUGCAAUCCCGGCGCGGCUUCGUUUCCCCGGCUCCUCCCCCGCCCAACAACCGUCUGGCGGCGUGGAUCGUUGGAGCUAGAGUCGAGCGGGGGACGGCGUGCGGCCAUUGAUUGAAACGGCACAGAUCGAAGUCGUUGGCCUGUAUGUUUCUCCUUCUUGUGGUAGGUUUGGCCUUCUUUGCCUGCGUGCAAGUUGCGGCGCUCGGUCUUGCAACUUGUCAAGCUAAGUGCUCGCCCUCUUGUGAUACAAUCAAAGACGUUGGGUUGGAAUUUUUUUAAUUUCAUUUUUAUUAGAUAUGGCCAGGGCUCCGGCCUGCCUUCGAAGGUGAGACCUCUGGGGCUGACAGGACCACGACAGCGCCGGCGCUCAGUUAGUCGCUGUAGAUAAUUACUUGCUUGGCCUUUCUUUUUUCGGUUUUUGUUUUUUCUAGUUAGGCCUGCUCCGCCAGCUUUGUUAGAUAUAAGUAAUCAAAAGCGCUGGACCUGAAGUCCCAAGUUUGAAACUUUGAGACAUUGACUGGGGCGCCACCUUUAGCCUUAAGCGUCCAGCUUUGGGCCCGCAGCUUUGGGCUCUCGCCGGCGCGAUUUCGCUUUUGAGUUUUCAACUUUGAGCUUUCAGCUUUGGGCUUUCCCCUUUGUUUGGGUCUUCGGCUUUGAGUUUUCAGGUGUGGGCUUUCAGCCUCUCAGCGCUUUAAGCUUUACGCUUAAGCCCUCAGCUUCCAAUCUAGAGCGUUCAACUUCGAGCAUUCAGCUUUCGGCCUUGGGGCUGGGGCUUUCGACUCUCAGUCUUGCGGCUAAGCCGAUAAAGCCAAAAGCUUAGGCUUUUUGUGCAAAGUUUUUAGUUUUAACGCCCACGAAUUAAUAAUUUAAGUCGCAGCGUGCUUCAUAUUUAUAAGCACUCGAUGUCGUGUCAGGGGUUCGCGUGUUCGUGUGGUGCUGUGUUUGUUGGUUUAUUUGAAGAGAAUCGAAAGGCCUGCGAUGGGGGUCGCAUGUUUUUGGUUCAAGUGUUAUCGGUUCCGGUGUUUUUGGUUCGGUGUGCGUUGGGUUCGGAUGUUGGAGGGAUCGGCGUUGCUUUUUUAUUUAGGUCUUUAGUAUUCGAGGGCAACACUUCGAUAAAUUUAUGAUUCUUGCUCUGGGCAUGGGUUUUUUAAAUGUUUAACUUUUUGCAGUUCAAAUCGUAAAAGUUUUGAUUUUAUUAAGUUCAUGAGUCCAUGAGUCCACGAGUUCGGGCGCUGGGGGUUCGGGAGUGGAAAAGUGAGAGUGGUCUGGGGCUCGGAAGUGGAAGAGUGAGAGUUUGGCGGGGUCGUUGUUGGUUUUUUCUUUAGCUCUUUACUUAGUAUUACCUUGGGGUUUGUUAAUAUACUCGUUCUGCAUAAUUGCUUACCAUGAUGAUCAUCCACCAUGGCAUCAUCCAUCACAUGAUUGAAUUCAGGAAAUCAAGAAGGACGAGCAUGUGCUGAAAGAGAACAAAGAUAAGUUCGUGAAGAUUUCGCAGGCUGCAAUCGAAGCUCACGGCUGUCCUAGCACCGCAGAAGACUGGAAGGGAUGGCAUGACAUGAUGGAGAGUCAGGGCUGCGACGAGGAGACGCUAAAACACAUCUACAAGCAAUUGGCUCUGUGGAUCGAGCAGAACAACAUCGAGCAAAAAUGGAAAGAGGACAUCAAGCCGACGGUGGAGAAAGAACAUGAAUUUUACGAAGAAGACAAAGUGUGGCGGCGAGAUGUGCUCGACGAAAAUGCAGAAAGAGAAGAAACCAUCACCGACGUUGUGUCCAACCUCUUUUCAAGAGCACCGGUGCCAGGUCCUGGGAAGGGCAGGAAGGCAGAAGGCGAGCGAGGUUCUGGCCGACGGACUUCAGCUGUCGACGGAGAACUAAUUAUCGAAGAAGGUGGCGAUGACGGCGGCGGACCUCGGGAACGAGGAGGUAGCCCGCUUGCAACCGUCGACAUCACUGCACCUUAUGACUUUGGCGGAGGUCGAGGAAAAGGCAGUCCAAGGCCGACGGCUGGCAAGACCGGGAAAGGCGCUGGUAGUGUCGUGAAGGGCGGUAAGAAUAAGAAAGGCAUGACCACUCCGCGUGGCGACCUGAAGGGUAGAAAAGCCGAAGGAGAGAACAUCGAUUACGACGAAAUUCACGAGCUGGCAGCGGCGGCCAGGCGCGGAUCAGUACAUCCUAGUACAAAAGGCAAACUUGUGCGUGGCGAGGGUGAAGCUCAAGCACCAGGCGACGGAAUUGAAGAAGGAAAAGACGAUGACGUCGGAUACGGUACUUUCGGGGACACGAUUCCAGGUCGAGGUAGUCGUGGCGGUCUCUACGGCGUUACUGCAGCAGAUGCUGCUGGCCUCGGAGGUGACGAGCGGGGACGAGAAGUGUAUGCAAAUGAGAGGUAUUUGCACGAAGAGCUGCUUGCCCAGACAACUCCGCCACGAUGCUUUCAGCGUGUCGGACGCGCAAUCGAUUCUAUCCUUGAACCCCUCGUCGACUGCAUCUCACCGCCGCCUGCCAAGGAUGAUCGUCUGGAUGGAGGUUUACUGGAUGCUCGAGGACGACUGCGUGAAGGCGAAAAACAGAAAAGGGCGCUUCGACCACCGCCACAUUUGCUAUCCGCGAUGGUGAAACACACAACGCCAGAACAGUGGCCGCAUUUAGGUGUCACCGGUUGGGAGCAGAAGCGGGUGGACUCUUCGGUGUUGCUCGACAAAAGCCUAACAAGCACACAAAAACUGAUCCAGCUUUUUGGGUUGCGGCUCGAUUGGAACAAGUUCCCUGUCGUUGUCGUCUCAGGCGUCUCACCGCAGAGUCGUGCGGCUGCCGCGGACGUACAUGUUGGCGACUUCUUGCUGCUUUUCGCUGGUCAUCGCAUUGCGGACGUUGGAAAAAAAUCGUUCUUUCUCGAAGCGCACGACGCAAUGGUGCGCGCACAACAUCUGGCGGCAGUCGAGGCAACUGCCAGCAUGAGUGAAAUUUCGGAAAUCCUAGGUCAGGACCUAGACAUGCGCAACGUGCGUUCACCCGACGACGCGCUUAUUUGGACCAUCACCCAGAAGCUGCAGCAGCACCAAGCCGAGGCACCGCCUCCACUGCCUGGCAAAGCCACACCAGCGCCAUCUUCCGCAGUCGCGAGCUUCCUCUUUCUCAGCUUGAAAUUUGCAGGACAAUACGUACAGAUGUCGCCGGACGAGGUGGAUCUAGGUUUCGCGGUGCAGGGCAAUCAGGUGGCGCUCGCGCUAGUUGGCGGCUGGGCCUCUAAGCAUGAACUUCGCCGUGGCGACGAAGUUGUGAUGUUGGGUUCGACGCACUGUCUCCUUCUCGGCGACCACCAGAGUGCGCAAGAGCUGCUGGAGGACGCAUUAUAUGGAACGAAGAACAAGAAGAGCGGAGACACUUCUGAGGACCAUGACGCGGAAGAAGAUAAAGAUGAAACAACAGGCAGCUCUGGCCAUGCCCUUGUCGCUAAAAACUUGCGAAAGCAAGCCCUGUCAGCGUCAGGUCGGUCAAAACCAAAACGACCAUUGCACAUGCUGAUUCGACGCAUCGACAACACGGAUUUUCCAGAAGAUGGACCGGCGAGACUCGCAGAAGUCUCUUUGGAGCGACCGCUCCCUGUGAUAUUCGAAAAGGCGAUCGUGCGUCCUCUGGGUGUUGAUCGCGAGUGCUUUAGAACUUCGCGGAACACACAUUUUUUGCAUAGGGAACGAAAAAAAGGCAGCGAAGCACGCGUGUUCGACCUCGAUAUGUACAUGGAAAAUCACUUUGACGAUGAGGCGCUUAGCAGUGGCGAUGACUGUGUUGACGUUGAGGAUGAACACCGUCAUGAGAAUGAUGCCGAUUCGCAUGAUGACCUCGCCAAGAAACGUGGACUUGUAAUACCGGAAACAACAAAAGACGAAGAAGCCGAGGAACCGGUGGCAACGCCGCGGGGACGCACCGGGAAAGGCAAAAAGGGCAAGAAGAGCAAAGACGGCAAGCUUUCGCCUGUUGGAAAGAUGAUGAAGAAGAAAGGAAAGAAAGGCAAGGGUCGAAGCCGUUCGGGGUCACCCUCCUCGCGAUCUCCUUGGCCGCCGAAGAAUAAAUCGGCUCCGCGUUCGAGAGAAGGCAGCAGCCGAAGUCUGUCAGCACCUCGGAGACCCCCCAAUGCGAAAGGGAAGGCAGCUCCCCCAAAAAAAUGUCGACUAGGUCGCGCCGAAGGUGAAGCCUCUCCGACACCAAGUCCACGUGGAAGCGUCAGUGGUUCUCCGCCUGGUAGAAGUAGACCGCCUUCCCCACGACCGCCGGGCUCAUCAACAAAGGGAGAUCAGUCGAAAAGUCGCAGUCCUUCUGCAUAUCCAGAACGGCCUCCUUCGAUGAACACAGCACCUUUAUCCGGUGCGGGUAGUCUGUGGAGCCAAUACAACCGCACUGGGGCGAAGGCGCAAUCUGAGAGGUCACCCGAACAAGAAGCAGCGGCAAUCCUCCAGGCUCGAGCGCGUGGAAAGAAGCCGCAUGAGCACAAGGGCAAGGGAAAGAAAAAAGGCAAAGGAAACAAACACUGAGCAGGCGCCUGAAAUGUUAUAAAGCUCCCACUAAUUGAAAUUAUGUCCUCGCCCUCCGGAUACCUGUUUUGUCAAAUACAAAACUGUUCAAGGAAGAGCCUAGACGAGUCACGGUUUGUGUAAAACAGUCAUUUUGAUUUUUGAAUAGUAAGCAAACACGUCUUUCCAAAUUCGCAGCCUUAGGCAAAUGGCGAAUACGAAUCCCAUUCUUGAUUAUCGCGAUCGCGAAUUUUCGGAACGCGCAC